UCCCGCGCCUGUCCUUCCCUCCGCGCUCAGCUUUUGCUUAGCGCCAGACCCGGCCCCGCCGCUCGGCUGCUUCUCCGCCGCAGGUCCCCACUUUAGAGGUCCCAGCCUCCGGGCCGGGGCCGCCACCGCCGCGGCAGGACGGGGAGGCGAGCCAUGGCGUCCUGCGUGGGAAGCAGGACCCUGAGCAAAGAUGAUGUGAACUACAAGAUGCAUUUCCGCAUGAUCAACGAGCAGCAAGUGGAGGACAUUACCAUUGAGUUCUUCUACCGGCCGCACACCAUCACCCUGCUCAGCUUCACCAUCGUCAGCCUCAUGUACUUCGCCUUUACCAGGGAUGAUUCUGGUCCAGAAGACAACAUCUGGAAGGGCAUCCUCUCUGUUAUUUUCUUCUUUCUUAUCAUCAGUGUACUAGCUUUUCCCAAUGGUCCAUUUACUCGACCUCAUCCAGCUUUAUGGAGAAUGGUUUUUGGACUCAGUGUGCUCUACUUCCUGUUCCUGGUCUUCCUCCUCUUCCUGAAUUUUGAGCAGGUGAAAUCCAUAAUGUAUUGGCUAGAUCCAAACCUUCGUUAUGCCACCAGGGAAGCAGAUAUCAUGGAGUAUGCUGUGAACUGUCAUGUCAUCACCUGGGAAAGGAUUAUCAGCCAUUUUGAUAUCUUUGCAUUUGGGCAUUUCUGGGGCUGGGCCAUGAAGGCCUUGCUGAUUCGUAGUUAUGGUCUCUGCUGGACAAUCAGUAUUACCUGGGAGCUAACUGAGCUUUUCUUCAUGCAUCUUCUGCCAAAUUUUGCUGAGUGCUGGUGGGAUCAAGUCAUUCUGGACAUCCUGUUGUGCAAUGGCGGUGGCAUCUGGCUGGGCAUGGUGGUUUGCCAGUUCUUAGAGAUGCGGACUUACCACUGGGCGAGCUUCAAGGACAUUCAUACCACCACUGGGAAAAUCAAAAGAGCCGUGCUGCAGUUCACCCCUGCUAGCUGGACCUAUGUUCGCUGGUUUGACCCCAAAUCUUCCUUCCAGAGAGUGGCUGGGAUAUACCUUUUCAUGAUCAUCUGGCAGCUUACUGAGUUGAAUACCUUCUUCUUGAAACAUAUCUUUGUGUUCCAAGCAAGUCAUCCGCUAAGUUGGUGCAGAAUUCUCUUUAUUGGUGGCAUCACCGCUCCCACAGUGAGACAGUACUACGCCUACCUCACGGACACGCAGUGCAAGCGCGUGGGGACCCAGUGCUGGGUGUUCGGGGUCAUUGGUUUCCUGGAAGCUAUUGUUUGCAUAAAAUUUGGGCAAGAUCUCUUCUCCAAGACCCAAAUACUUUAUGUUGUACUUUGGCUUCUUUGUGUGGCUUUUACGACUUUCCUGUGUUUGUACGGCAUGGUGUGGUACGCAGAACACUAUGGUCAUCGAGAGAAGACCUAUUCAGAGUGUGAAGACGGUACCUACAGCCCAGAUAUCUCCUGGCCGCAUGGCAAGGCCUCAAAAGGUUCUGAAGACAGCCCACCCAAGCAUUCAGGCAACAAUGAAAGCCAUUCUUCCAGAAGAAGGAACCGACAUUCCAAAUCGAAAGUCACCAACGGCGUUGGAAAGAAAUGAAAGACCUUGGUUAAUCAGAGAUGUUCCAGAGAGUGCCUAGAACUGAGAAGGAAACGGAACUUGCUUGGACCUCCCUGUCAGGAGGUCCAAACACACAGAGCAAACCGGAAGACGAGAGGGGACUUUUGGGGGGGUCAUUAUUUGAAAGUGUUAGGUCUUGUUUCCCACAGACCUGGCCACACUGGGCAGAUCACAGCCCGGCGUCCUGUGCCAGUUUGGGGUCUCUUCCAGCUUCAGCACCUGGCAUGCGGUCACCGGUAACAGUGGGGUGUGUUUGACGGGAAAGGUCGCUGUUCACUCACAGUUGCGCUUGGGUGUAUUGCGGAUGCGGUUUCAACGUCUUCAUUCAGACAAGGCAUCAACUGUACCGUUAAUGGACUCACUACUGGUUUUUGUUUUUGUGAAUCUGCCUUUUCAUUUGAGCGAUUUAUUUAAGGUCAGGCCACGUUUCUGCCUUUGUUGUUGUUACUUGUUUUUAAGUUAGGAUGCUUACAAGCCUGCAGAAGCCACUGAUG